AUGGAAGCUCCAAGAAAACCCGAGACGACGCCUCUGCUGAACGAAUUUCCUUCCCGCGAUCUUGAGCGCCCCACCAGCAACAAUCGCCAAAAUGGGUACAAUGCCAUCAUAGACAGAGGUCUUAGACACCUUAAGUCCACCUUUGGAGAACCUGCCACAAUAUGGAGCGUCGAAGCCAAACUACUCGCAAAAAGCGCCCUGCCACUUAUUCUGACAUAUAUGUUACAAUACUCAUACUAUUUGAUCACAAUUUACAUCGCUGGAAAGCUAGGCACCAAAGAGCAAGCAGGUGCUUCACUCGCAAUCAUGGUAGCUAAAAUUACCGGUAUAAGCAUCUACGAAGGAUUGGCCACGUCACUCGAUACUCUUACCUCGCAGGCCUAUGGCGGAGGCAGGAAAGAGCUAGUUGGUUUACAUUUGCAGCGUAUGUCUGCCUUAAUGAUAGUGGCAACAAUACCCAUUGGUGCUAUUUGGAUUUCAUCACCCUGGAUCCUGCAGCGGCUGGUACCUGAGCCAGAGCUGGCGGAGCUCGCCGGCUUGUAUCUGAGAUAUUACUUGAUAGGGGCUCCAGGGUAUGGACUGUUUGAAGCAGGCAAACGUUUUACUCAAGCUCAGGGGAAUUUUACAGCUUCCCUUGUUGUUAUGAUUCUUUGUGCACCCUUGAAUGUUUUCUGGAGUUGGCUCUUUGUCUUUCGAUUUGAUGCUGGUUUGAAGGGGGCAGCCUUAGCCACUGCGCUUUCCAAUAACCUUCAGCCUCUUAUUCUGCUGGUAUACGUCAAUACAUUUGCUCGAGACUUGCUGGAGUGCUGGCCAGGGCUCUUGUUAAAGGGGGCGUUCUGGAAUUGGGGAGACAUGUUGAGGCUUAGUAUUCCAGGUGUAUCAAUGAUAUUGUCAGAAUGGCUCGCCUUCGAAAUCCUUGCCUUUUUGUCAAGCUACAUCAGCACGGCAGCACUCGCCGCACAGUCAGUUUUGAUAUCGGUUACUAUUAUUAUGUACCAUAUUCCCUACCCUGUCGCUAUUGCCGCAUCGACUCGCUUUGGGAACCUUAUUGGGCGUGGUGCUGUAGCACCAGCGAGAGAACUUUGGAUCAUUUAUUAUACUAUAUUUGUUGGUAUUGGGAUAUUCAAUACUGUGCUGCUGCUUUCUCUACGUCACGUCAUUGCAGACAACUUCACUAGUGAUAGCGAUGUUCGGAAACUGAUCUUAGCAACCAUUCCACUUGUAGCGGCCGCCGAACUGUUUGAUACCAUGUCUGCCAUUGCCAACGGUUUACUCCGAGGAUUAGGAAGGCAAAGGAUUGGAGGGAUAAUCAAUUUUGGAGUUUAUUAUGGCUGGGCGGUUCCCCUAUCAUUGCUACUCACAUUUGGGCCGCUGAAUCUUGGCCUAGCUGGUCUUUGGGUGGGACCAUUGACUGGACUUGGACUGGUCACUGUGAUUAUUAGCAUAUAUCUGAAGUUUUCAGAUUGGCAAAAUGCUAUUGAUGACGCAAAAGCUUGUCAGAUAUGA